UGGGCGAGCCUUCCAUUGCCGAUCGUACAAGGCCAAAGUGGGAGGAGCUCUGUAGAGAACGUCGAUUUCUGCUGCGUCUUCUGCCUCGAUUUGAUUCUGGCAAUGGAGCUUUCGAGCUCGGAUCUCUGACGAACCCUUCAGAUUUGACUUCGCGAUCCGCUUCUGGCCUGAAAUCUUCCUUCUCCAGCCAUGGCUGCUCCGUUCUUCUCCACCCCCUUCCAGCCUUACGUAUAUCAGAGUCCCCAAGAUGUGGUCACCCCAUUUCAAAUUUUGGGUGGUGAAGCGCAGUUGGUUCAGGUUAUGUUAAAGCCACAAGAAAAGAUAAUAGCGAGACCAGGUUCUAUGUGCUUUAUGUCUGGAUCCAUUGAAAUGGAAAAUGUCUAUCUUCCCGAACAUGAAGUUGGCAUGUGGCAGUGGCUGUUCGGCAAGAACAUUACAAGCAUAGUUCUUCGGAACACGGGUACAACAGAUGGAUUUGUUGGAAUAGCUGCACCUUCUCUUGCAAGAAUUCUCCCGAUUGAUCUGGCAGUUUUCGGGGGAGAGAUGUUGUGCCAGCCAGAUGCAUUCUUAUGCUCCAUUAACGAUGUAAAGGUUAGUAAUACAGUUGACCAGAGAGCCCGUCAUGUGGUCACUGGUGCAGAGGGAUUUCUGAGACAGAAGUUAUCUGGACAGGGACUUGCCUUCAUAGUUGCUGGUGGAUCUGUUGUGCAGAAAAAUCUUGAGGUAGGCGAAGUAUUAGCUGUCGACGUUACCUGCAUUGCAGCUGUGACGGCCACGGUUAAUGUGCAAAUUAAAUACAAUGGUCCCAUCAGAAGGGCAGUCUUCGGGGGUGAGAAUCUCGUCACAGCUGUUCUGACUGGUCCUGGAAUCGUUUUCAUUCAGAGCUUGCCGUUCCACCGGCUGUCUCAGCGGAUUGCUCGGGCUGUUGCGUCCCCAAACAUGAGAGAGAACCCCAAGUUUUUCAUCCAGAUAGCGCUUUUCUUCUUUCUUGCGUAUGUUGUGAUUGUAUCUUCAUUAAUAUUGACAGAUGUAUGAUUCCGACUUUCUUCGUUUCCUGGGGAUAUUCCUUUUAGUCUAGACAUCUGUUUAGGUUGGUGCAGUGUUCGACCCAACAUCACAUAGUGAAUCUAUAUAGAAACAGGAAGGCCAUUCUUCUCGCAAUUCCUGAGGAUUCUUGUUUCCUUUCAGUAUUUUGGUUUACAUUAUGUGAAUAUGAGGGCGAAUGAUCUCAUGUUGUCAAAUAAGAGGGCAAAUGGAAUAUUUUACAAA